CCCCUGUCACCGCCGUUCCUGGCCCCUGUCUUCCCCGGCUCGUUUGGCGGAGGCUGCGGCGAUGAGCUCAACUCAGGGCCGUGUGGUCUUUGAGGACGUGGCCAUAUAUUUCUCCCAGGAGGAAUGGGGGCACCUUGAUGAGUCUCAGAGAUCACUGUACCGAGAUGUGAUGCUGGAGAACAUGGCACUUUUGUCUUCACUGGGUUGUUGCCAUGGGGCUGAGCAUGUGGAGGUGCCUUCUGAGCAAGGUGUUUCUGUAGGAAUGUCACAAGUCACAACUCCAAAAGCCCUUCUAUCCACCAAGAAGACCCAGCCCUGUGAAACAUGUAGUUCACUUCUGAAAGACAUACUGCACCUGGCUGAUCAUGAUGGAAUACAUCCUGAGCAGGGGCUGGAAACGUGUAUAGCAAAUCUUCACCAGCACCAAAAACAGGAACUUAGAGAGAAACUCUCCAAAGGGGAUAAAAGGAGACUUUCAUUUAUGAAGAACUGCAGAGUUCACAUGGCAGAGAGGACUUUUCCAUGCAGUGAAUGUGGGAAAGCCUUCACCCACAAACAUAAACUUGUUGACCAUGAGAAAAUUCACACUGAAGAAAGGCCUUAUAAAUGCAGCAAAUGUGGGAUAUUGUUCAUGGAAAAGUCCACACUCAAUAGACAUCAGAGAGUUCACACUGGAGAAAGGCCUUAUGAGUGCAGUGAAUGUGGGAAGGCCUUCCUUUGUAAGUCCCAUCUUGUUCGUCACCAGACAAUCCACUCCGGAGAAAGGCCUUAUGAAUGCAGUGAAUGUGGAAAAUUGUUUAUGUGGAGUUCCACACUCAUUACACAUCAGAGAGUUCACACUGGAAAAAGGCCUUAUGGUUGUAACAAAUGUGGGAAGUUCUUUAAGUGUAACUCCAACCUCUUUAGGCAUUAUAGAAUUCAUACAGGAAAAAGGGCUUAUGGUUGCAGUGAAUGUGGGAAAUUCUUUAUGGAAAGGUCUACACUCAAUAGACAUCAGAGAGUUCACACUGGAGAAAGGCCUUAUGAGUGCAGUGAAUGUGGGAAAUUCUUUAGCCUGAAAUCUGUCCUUAUUCAACACCAAAGAGUACACACUGGAGAAAGGCCUUAUGAAUGUAGUAAAUGUGGGAAGGCCUUCCUUACAAAGUCCCACCUCAUUUGUCACCAGACAAUUCACACUGCAGCAAAGCAGUGCGGUGAAUGUGGGAAAUUCUUUAGGUAUAACUCCACACUCAGUAGACAUCAGAAAGUUCACACUGGAUAAAGCCCUUAUAAAUGCAGCAAAUGUUGGAAAGCCUUUAACUGCAAAGAUAUUCUCGUUGGAUGUCAGGCACUCCACACUGGAGAAAGACAGUGAAUGUGGGUAAUUAUUUCGGCACUGCUCCACACUCAUUAUACAUAAGAGAAUUCACAUUGCAGAAAUAUAUGUUCAGCAAACUUGGGAAGUUAUUUUGGUUCAAUUCUGAUCUUACUAAACAUUGGAGAGUUUACACUCAAGGUAAGUCUUUUCAGUAAAGUAAAUGUAAAGCCUCGACAUGCAAAAUUAUAUUUUCUGAAGUGAGAAUAUUUACACUAGUGAAAGUCUUACAAGUGGAGUAAAUGUGAGACAGUCUUUUGGUACAAUUCCACACUCAUUAGACACCAUGUAAUUCACACUGGAGAAAGGCCUUAUGAAUGCCUUGGAUGUGGGAGAGUCGUUUUUUUCUUUUUGAGACAGGGUCUUACUCUGUUGCCUAGGGUGGAAUGCAGUGGCAUGAU